ACGCGACAGCCCACGGCUUAGUAGCGGCUCUGACGUCGCAGUGGCGGCAGAAGCAGAGAGCUGAGUCAGUGUAUGGCGCAAGUGCAUCUGUCCUAAACGAAGAGUGCAACAAUGAAUGAGAAGGAGGAUACUGAUGCCAUACCACACCCGAGGGGUUCUGCAAACCCACUCUCUGCACUCACAUUCUGGUGGACAUUGAAAACCUUCAAAACAGGCUUAAAGAGAGACAUCGAAAUUGAAGACCUGUAUGCACCCCUGAAAGAGCACAAAUCAUCACUGUUAGGUGAAAGAUUUGAAAGGUUGUGGAAACAAGACUGCAGAAGAGCAGUGAAGAAGAAUAGAAGUCCAAGCUAUCUGCGUGUUAUGCUCAGUGCAUACGGAUGGAAAUAUAUGAUGUAUGGAUGUAUUCGAGCAGUUCUUGAAUUGUUUGUCCGGGUGGCACAGCCACUCUUUCUUGGUCUUCUGUUACAGUAUUUCUCACCAGGAAGUACCAUGCCAGUAUCGGAAGCAUAUCUGUAUGCUACUGCAGUGAUAUUGUGUUCUUUGAUUUCUGCCAUCGUCAUUCAUCCGUAUAUGAUGGCAAUGUUUCACUUGGGCCUCAAAAUGAGGGUUGCCAGUUGUUCACUUCUUUACAGGAAGGCGCUGAAGCUUAAUAAGACUGCUUUGGCACAAACUACCAUUGGACAAGUGGUAAAUCUUAUGGCUAACGAUGUCAAUAGGUUUGAUAUGAUGUUUAUACUUGGACAUUACUUGUGGAUUGGACCUAUAGAAACAGCUAUCAUAACAUACUUUAUAUGGACGAAAAUUGGAGUAGCAGCAUUUGGUGGUAUUAUUUGUGUUUUGCUGUUCAUUCCUUUACAAGGUUAUCUUGGUAGACUAACUUCCAGAUUCAGGUACAAGACAGCAAUUCGCACAGAUAACAGGGUACGCAUAAUGAAUGAGAUAGUUUCUGGAAUCCAGGUUAUCAAGAUGUAUGCAUGGGAGAAGUCAUUCACAAGUUUAGUUGCUGCUGCACGAAAGAAGGAAAUGAAUGCCAUAAAAGUUAUGCAGUACAUUCGAGCUGUUACUCUCUCAAUGGGUCUUUUUGUUACUCGGCUGUCAACAUUUGUCAGCAUUGUAAUAUUUGUCAUGCUUGGAGAAAACAUAACUGCCGACAAGGUUUUUGUUGUUUCUGCAUAUUACAAUAUCAUGAAACAAGCAAUGAGUGAUUCAUUCCCCAGAGCUAUUGCAGCACUAGCUGAAGGUCUCAUUUCUGGCAAGCGUAUUGAGAACUUCCUCAACUACGAUGAAAUAAAGUCAGUGAACCUAGAUGCUAUUCAUGACAGAAGUAUUAUUCAAAUGAAAACUGAAAAGGAGUAUGUGGAGAAAGAAACUCCUUGUAUCAAAUUAACGGAUGUCACAGCAAAAUGGGAAAGCAAUGCUGAUGAUACUUUAAAGAAUGUGACUCUCGAAGUUGUGCCAGGGAAGCUGUUUGCCAUUAUAGGGCCAGUAGGUUCAGGAAAGUCAUCCUUACUUCAGACUGUUCUGGGUGAGCUGCCAAUCACUUCAGGAACAUUAUCUAUAAGAGGCAAAGUUUCAUACGCAUCACAAGAACCAUGGCUGUUUGCUGCAACUCUCCGACAGAACAUCCUCUUUGGUGAACCUUACGACAGAGAUCGGUACUGGCAAGUAAUAAAAGCUUGUGCACUGGAGACGGAUUUUGACACAUUCCCACACCGUGAUAAGACUCUUGUCGGUGAUAGAGGCAUUAUGCUAAGUGGAGGACAAAAAGCUCGUGUUAAUCUUGCCAGGGCCAUCUAUCGCAAAGCAGACAUCUACCUUCUUGAUGAUCCUCUUUCUGCUGUUGAUCCACAUGUAGGCAGACAUCUCUUUGAUCAGUGUAUUACAAGAUUGCUCAAAAAUAGCAUAUGUGUUCUUGUUACUCAUCAGAUCCAGUUUCUGCAUCAUGUAGAUGAAAUAGUUAUUCUUCAAGAUGGCUUGGUUGAAGCAAAAGGCAGUUAUUCUGAACUUCAGGAGUCUGGUCUGGAUUUUGCAAAACUGAUGAAUUCUGAGUUUGAAGAUACAAGUGCGGAGGAAGACAAUGAGCCUGAAGAUGAAGUAGGAAAACGAGAUCCUAUUGAGCGAAUGGCAUCUAUAGAAGAAGCAUCAGCACCACGACAAGAAGCAGAAUUGAGAACCUCGGGUGGCGUUAGAAGUGCUGUGUACUUCUCAUAUUUCUCUUCUGGUGGCAACUACUGUCUACAGUUAUUUGUGGCUGUUGCGUUUAUAUUGACACCAGUGGUUGUUCUGGGUGGUGAUUACUGGCUCUCAUACUGGACCAACUCAGAAGAGAUAACGCAAACCAUAUACACUGAAAGUAAUGCCACAUACUACAAUGAGACUGACACAUAUUUGACAGCCUAUGGUUGGAUACCAGAUACAACCACAAGUGUCUAUAUCUAUACUGCAGUUAUGGUUGCUACAGUUGUAGUUACUGUAGUUCGCUCCAUAUCAUUCUUCAUCCUUUGCAUACGUGCAUCAAUGAGGCUACACAAUCAAAUGUUUAUUGGUGUAACACGAGCAACUAUGCAUUUCUUCAACAACAAUCCUGCAGGUAGAAUCCUCAACCGGUUUUCAAAAGACAUAGGAAAUGUGGAUGAAAUUCUUCCUCUUACUGUAGUAGACUGCUUCCAGAUUGUUCUUACACUUAUAGGAACGGUUAUCACAGUUGCUAUAGUUAAUUUUUGGACGCUGGUGCCAACUGUAGUAUUGAUUGGUGUAUUCUGGGUGAUUCGAACAGUAUUCCUUAGUGCAUCACGCAGUCUGAAACGUCUUGAAUCAAUAACACGCAGCCCUGUAUUUUCUCAUGCCACUGCAUCCCUCCAAGGUCUUUCAACUAUUCGUGCCUUUGGUGCUCAAAAAGUGCUGGAAAAAGAAUUUGAUCGUAUUCAAGAUGUAAAUUCAUCUGCUUAUUACUUAUUUAUGGCUAUAAGUAGAGCUUUCGGAUUAUGGCUGGAUUUAGUUUGUGUAGUGUAUCUUGCUGCUGUCACAUACAGCUUUCUAGUCCUGGGACAAGAUAUGUUUGGUGGUAGUGUGGGCUUGGCAAUCACUCAGUCUCUCAAUCUAAUGGGAAUGUUCCAGUGGGGAAUACGUCAAUCAGCUGAGCUUAUAAACCAGAUGACAGGUGUAGAACGUGUCUUAGAGUUUGCUGGUUUGAAGCCAGAACCAUCUCUUGAAUCAUCUUCUGGUAAAACGCCACUUUCCAACUGGCCAGCAGCAGGACAAAUCAAGUUUCAUCACGUGUUCUUAAAGUACAGUGAAAAUGCCCCACCUGUACUCAAGGACUUAAAUUUCACUAUAAUGCCUCAAGAAAAGGUUGGCAUAGUUGGUCGAACAGGAGCUGGAAAAUCAUCCCUUAUUGCUGCACUUUUCAGGCUAGCAAACAUAGAAGGAGAAAUUAUGAUUGACAACAUAGACACAAGUACUAUAGGCCUCCAUGACUUCCGUCCUAAAAUCUCAAUAAUCCCUCAGGAACCAGUGCUUUUCUCUGGAUCUCUCCGUAAGAACUUGGAUCCAUUUGAUGAAUUUCCAGAUGCUGAUCUGUGGCAGGCAUUGGAAGCAGUUGAGCUGAAAGAAGUAGUAAAUGAAACGCCAGCAGGGCUUAAUUUUCAAGUAACUGAGGGUGGAUCAAAUUUCAGUGUUGGCCAAAGGCAGCUGAUUUGCUUAGCAAGAGCUGUUAUUCGCAAAAACAAAAUACUUGUUCUUGAUGAAGCGACAGCUAAUGUGGAUCCUGUGACUGACUCACUUAUUCAGCAAACAGUCCGUGUGAGGUUUGCUGAGUGUACAGUACUUACCAUUGCUCAUCGAUUGCAUACAAUUAUGGACAGUGAUAAGGUUCUAGUUAUGGACAAUGGUAAACUCAAGGAAUUUGACCAUCCACAUGUCCUGCUCAGUGACAAGAACGGUAUAUUCCACAGUAUGGUUGAACAAACAGGCAAGGUUGUGUCAGAAGAGCUGAAGAUCAUAGCAGAAGAAUCUUACAGGAACAGAAUGCAUAAAAAAUCAUCUUGAAGACUAAUUAAUGAAGAAAUGUGAGACUUCAUGUGCUCAUUAGCAAAUAAAUAAAAGCCUUAAUGGGAAACAGAACAAGGAAGAUACGAUGGCAUUGAAAGGAGUCUUCAAAAACUAUUAAGAAAGCCUCAUUGUUCAUGAUGUGUAUCACCUAAUUUAUUUCAUUCCAUUUUAUUUUGAGAAUUGUAUAGUGCAGUAUGUCAUUGCUGUUGCAAGAAGUAAAUUAUAUGAUUGUGUUUGUAUAAAAGAGAGAAGCUAACCCAGAAAUAAAACUCCUGAGAAUCAUAUCUACCAAAGUUUCUAAUUCACACAUUCAGAUGUGAUAGAAAAUUAACGGUUAGAUAUUAACAAAGAAAACAAUCUGAUUCUUCCACUAAGUUGUUAUUAACAGUAUGUGUG